AUGACCGCGCCGGACGCGAGGCCUUCAGGCUCCUACCUUGCCGCAGGCAUCAACGCCAUCUCGCCCUGGGGUUCGCGCAACCAGACGCCCCAGACCCAUCCCGCCCCCGACUCCGGCGAACCGCAGCCGCCCGAGCUCAACCUCACCCAGCAGAGCAGAGGAGCCGACCACACUGUGACCCACAGGCAUCGCCUGAGUCUGAAGAAGUAUCCGAGGGACUGCCCGCCGCUGAGCGUGCAGUGGUUUCAUGCCGUUGACAUCCCCAAGCGGAAAGCCCUGGUCUUUGCCAACAGCGCCAACAAAUCGGACAAGCCGCCGCAGCCGAAGAAAUGGAACCCCUUCUCGACCGGCGACUCGCGUGCCCUUGAGGCCACCUUUCAGAAAAUAUGUGACGAGGCCGAGGAGGCUGAGCGCAAGAAGCUGCAAGACCAAGGAGGUGGCCAGGAUACCGCUGGGAACGAGGAACCUGAGCAGUGGCAGAUCAAGGAGCGCAACGUUCGCUGGGAGAGAUCGGAGCCGAACGGCGUGCUCAAGGCCAAAGUCCCCGUAAACGAAGACUUCCUCUUCGACGUGGACGUUGAGGACCGGGAGCUGGCUCCUGCAUACUGGAUCGGUGCCGUAUACGAAGUGCGGAGAGGCACAUGGUUCUUCCAAGACAGCACCACGUCUCUUCGGCCUUGCGAUGAGAACCUAGCAAACCAGCUAGAGGAGGGCUACAUCAAGGUAAAACCCUGGCGCUUUGCCAAGCAAGAACGACCACGCUCCGCAUCACAGCCCAAAUCGCGUCCCACCUCCAUGCCACCCGGCGAAGAUCCGAAUAAGUCUAUGAAGGGUAUCCAACGGUCCGCGACGACUGCCUCGGCCUCAGGGGACUCCGGGCCAGACUCAGCACCCGAGAGCUCAGCACCUGAGCCCAAGGACCCCCAAGCACCGGAACCGCCCAAGACACACCGGUUGUUUGGAGCUCACAUGAACUCUGUUGUCACUUAUCAGGACUCUGCUACCGCAUGGCUUCUCACCGAUGAUUUUCUUUCGCGCAUGAGCAGCACUAUGUACCAACGUUUCGCUGGAGGCGGCCAUUUUGCAGGCGUCAAGAUCGUCCGCGGUUACGUGGAUCUUAAAGCUGAGAAGGAGAAGGAAAGGGAAAAGGCUAAGAAAAAGUCUACCAAGGAUGAGAAGGACGACAAAGAGACCAGCGCAGACGCCAAGGCUGAGGCGUCAACCAAACAAGAAGCAAAAGCCGUGGAAACGUCGUCUGGGGAGCAGAGUGAAGUCGAAGAGACUCCUGCUAACGCUCGUCGCCGGACGCUUGAGCGCCAGAUGUCGAAUUUGAUGGCUUCGACUGACCCCCAAGACCUCGAGAAACAAGAGGAAGAGGUCCGAAAACGCGCCGAGAGGGAGAUCCGGGAGGAUUACAAGGAGCAGGAGGGAGAAGAGCAAGGCCGUGAGAUCGAACAUCUCUUGCUUGUCACCCACGGCAUUGGCCAACGCCUGGGGAUGAGGAUGGAGUCGGUCAACUUCGUCCACGACGUCAACACUCUUCGCAAGACUCUGAAGUCUGUAUAUGCCGGCUCGGCAGACCUGCAGGCUUUGAACGGGGAGGUUGAUAAACUACCCAAAAACUGCCGCGUGCAGGUCUUGCCAAUCGUCUGGCGCCAUCUCCUUGACUUUCCCAAGCAAAGUCUGAAACAUAACAGGCGGGAGUUCGACCUUGGAGACGCUCAUUCGAUUGAGGAUGAUGAGUACCCUAGUCUGGAGAACAUCACGGUGGAAGGGGUUCCGGCCGUGCGGAACCUGAUAACUGACCUCGCCCUGGAUGUCCUUCUUUAUCAAAGUCCUGCUUACAAGAGCCACAUCUCCAAGAUUGUUCUCCAAGAAUGUAACAGAAUCUACAAGCUCUUCCAAGAUCGGAAUCCCGAAUUCAAUGGCAAGGUCAGCCUUGUUGGACAUUCUCUUGGAUCUGCGAUUAUGUUCGAUCUACUCUGCAACCAGAAGGAGGACAAGGCCCACGGGAAACAUUACAAGCACCAUCGACGAGCAGAAGACCUGAAGCUAGACUUUGACGUUGAGGAUUUCUAUGCCCUCGGCUCACCCAUUGGUCUUUUCCAGAUGCUCCAUGGCAAAACCAUCGCAGCUCGUAUUUCGCAGAGCAAACUGCACCCGGACUCUCAAAUGCAGACGGACGAUCCUUUCUUAGGGGACCCGGCCCGACCUUCAUCUUCAAGCCAGGAAAGCCACUUCGAAAUCACUACUUCUUCACCGAAGUGCCAACGCAUCUUCAACGUCUUCCAUCCCACCGAUCCCAUCAGUUAUCGGCUCGAGCCUCUGAUUUCUCCAGCCAUGUCGGCCUUGAAGCCUCAGCCGCUUCCUUACACCAAAAAAGGCAUCUUUGGCGCUCCUGUCGCGCAGGGUCUGACCGGCAUAGGUGCACGCGUGGGACAGAGUGUUUCUGGCUUGUGGUCAAGUCUCAGCUCGGGCAUUGCGAGCAGCCUGCUCAACCGAAGUCUUGGGCUUACUGCGGAUGAUGCAUCUAAACUCGGCAACCCGAUUGCAAGCCAAUCUCGCGGCCCUCUCUCUGCUAACACAGGCAACGGCGCGUCCAACCCAGCCGUCUCCUCAACAGCAGCCGCAGCUUCUCUACAGGAGAACAGUGGCGCCGCCACAGAAGCUGCGAACAUAAACGAUGACAAGAAACGCAAGUUGGCGCAAAACCAACAGGGCAGCUCUACCGACCCGACGACGACGCCGACCAAAGUCGAAAGCGGGGAAGAGGGCCAGCACCCGCCAACCCUGAUCGACUCGGAGCUGGAGACGCUUUACUCGGGCUUCGCAAAGGAGCGCGGCGAUGCCGAUCCUCGCGAUCUUGGCGAGCAGCGCGAAUGGCAGGAGAUUGAGGAGCGCAGCCGCAAGCUGAGGCGCGAGGAGGCUAAGGUCAGGGCGUUGAACAGCAACGGGCGAGUGGAUUACAGCAUUCAGGAGGGCGCCUUCGACAUCUCCCUGCUCGCUAGUAUCGCCUCUCACCUGUCCUACUACGCCGAUGAAGACGUCAGUCACUUCAUGAUCUCUCAGCUGCUAGCUCGGCAUCGUGUGUUGAAGAAGGCGAGGAGCGCGCCGGACUUCAACAAGCAGUGA